AUGUGGCCAGCGCAAAUACACCACGGAUCGCUGAAGCUUCAACUCGGGCUGGCAACUGCGAGCACGUGUCGAAAUUGGAACUGCCUCUGUAAAAAGAUGAACUCGAGUCAUGCUUUUCCACUAGUACUGUAUACCCUAGCUACCCACUCACUCUACUGACUGACUUUCAUUGAUAAUAGUAGCGUCAACGUACAGCGAUUGGUAAUAGUAGCGUCAACAGCACUUGUUUCCUGCUUCUUUUACGAAUUUCGAAAUGUACAACUCCGCUUCUGCCUGUUGCUGAGCCUCAGAAGAUUUUUCUUUGCGGAAAGAGUUAUUCUUGGGGAUGAUUCAGUGCCUUUAAUGAACCAACGAGAAACAUUCGCCCGCUGACUCGAGAAAGGAUUCAAGCGCGUGAUCAGGCGAGCUUCUACCGCCGCGCCAGCGAGGCUGUAUCAGAGAAAGCGUUCGCAAGUUCGUUGAUACCCAUUGGGUGUAUGACAGUGCGAUCCUCG